CAAUAAUUUCAUAGCCAAUAACUGUUGUACGGCCUAUUAAUUACACUCAUAAAUCCAGUUUCUAAUGAGCAUUAAUUUGAUAUAUAAUACUCUGUGAUGUCAUUUAUACUUUAAGUUGCAGAGGGGGCGCGUAAUGGUUUUUGUAACACCCUGUGGAACAGAGUUACGAAAAAGUCUCACAUAUCUGCUCCGAUCUCUUCGAUCAACUGGUGCUUUUUGCUAGUCGGAAGUUUAUUAGUACGCACGUAACGUAUUUCACACUGAGAACGUGGUGAAAAGUGAUACACUUAAGUGACUAAUACUAUGUUCUUUCUGGAUGAUGUUAAACUGAAACUUAUUGUCAUUGAUUCAUCAUUGUAUUCAAUAGCUCGUGCCAAAAUUAUCUUACAAUCAUUGAACUAUGACGAUUAUGAUUAUGAGCAGUGUCAAAUGUGGUUUUCAUCAGGCUGGUCCGAUGAAACUUUAUCAUUAUUUCGUUAUGUUGCCAAAGAAUGUAAAAAGAAAGAAACAUCAAUAUCACCAUUAGGACAAAUUUUUCAAUAUUGGAUAGACUGUACACCUCCAUCAAGAGAUGAAGCUCGAAAUAAAUGGUUUAAAAUGUCGUGUGAUAAUACAUUUGAUAUGACCGCGGCGAAUUUAUUACGUUCGGAAGAUCGCGGACAUUUAUUACACUAUCAAUUAACCGGAGAAUUAUACUAUCGACAACAAUCGUCAUCAUCCGUUGAUUGUGGAAAUAUAAAAAAUUUAAUUGAUAUUUAUCAAUUAAAUGUACAAGUCAAAUAUUUAAAUCAUACACCAUUUGCUAGUUAUCACUUAUUAACACAUUAUUAUUUAUCAUUAAACUAUAUUCAAAAUUGGAUUGAUAAUUGGUUUAGAAAACAACAACCGCAAGUCAAUAUUAUUCAACAUCAAAUCGAAUCUUAUUGUGUGUUCUCUAAAUAUUGUACAACAUGUCAUUUAAAAUGGUCGUAUGCAGCAUAA